GCGGUGCUGGUGUUACUCCUCUCCUCCUCUGCCUUCUCUGACUUCUCCUCCUCUUCCUCUUCAAGUCCACUCUCUGCCACAUUCAUUCAAACUCCUGUCUUCCACCACCUCUUCCGGUUUUUUGUCGCAAGACUUAAGACUUAAGACUUCAUUCAGACUUCUGACUUUCUUCCACUCAACUUUCUCCAAUAUUCCACAAACAGUCGCAGCCAUGUCUAAGGAAACAGAACAACAGCAAGAGCAAAAACGCCUCGCCGAGGCUUUCCCCGAGAAGCCUCAGAACCUCUCGCAGGCGAUCAAUACGGCUACCAGGGACCUCCAUGACAUCGUAAACCACUUGAUCGUCCAGCGCUUCAUGCUCGGCCUGCGCGACUACCGCCUUUACCGCGAAGGGAUUCUUUCCUUCUACCACGUCUACUCUGCCUUCGAGCGGACCUGGGCACACCUCCUCGCCAACGCCUCCCUCGUCAAGCCACACAUCUACACCGCUUUGCAGGCACUGUCUGAUCCUCGCCUCACGCGCGCUCCUGCCAUCGCUCUAGACUUGACGUACCUCUACGAUGCCCAACGGUUCGAUCCGGAUGCCCCAGCGGAUGCCAACUCUGUGCGCGGCGAGUGUGUAGCGCACAUCGAGAAGGUUCUGCUGGAGAAGCCCCAUCUACUGCUGGCUUAUGCGCACAAUUACUACAUGGCCCUCUUUGCCGGCGGAAAGAUGCUGCUGAGGCAGAUUCUCAUGGCAAAGGACUUUUUUCCCGUCAAGGCGCCGGCCGGCGAUAGCGAUGAGGCCAAGGCGUUUUCUACCAACAUGUUUGUCUUCCCUGUGGAGACGGGCAAGGAGGAGAGUCUGCGCGCGAAGUUCAAGGCUGCUAUGGAGCUGGCAGAGGAAAACUUGAGUGAGGAGGAGAAGACUGAAAUCAUCCAGGAGUCCAGACACAUCUACCAGAUGAACGAGCGCCUUGUCCGAGAGCUCGAUGAGAUCUGUGGAUCCCUCGCUAUACCGGCAGCACAGCUAGAUCGGGCCAAUGAAACCCUGAGUUUUGUUGCUCAAUACAAGCUGCUAUUGAUUCUGGUUGCCGUCACUACCCUCUCGGUUCUUAGGUAUUACCUCUGAGCGUAGGGUGGCGUCUUUCCC